UAUGAAAAUUUUCGUUGUAUCUAGAGAACACUUCCCCUACUAUAAAAGCAAUGACGAUCGUUGGAAAAAUUCGGUGCGACACAAUCUCUCCAUAAAUCCCCACUUCAGAAAAGGAUCAAAGGCGCCACAUGGAGCUGGACAUCUAUGGGCCAUUGCAAAUCGCUCUGGAGAUCCCAGACCUAGACAAACCAUUAAUAAUUUUAAUGUUAAUUCUACCUUAAAGCAGAUUAGCAAGGACACUGUUGAAGUUGAGAACCUCAGGAAAAAUAUCAGUCAAAUGAAUCCAAUAGAUGAGGUAGAAGCAGCGACUGCCAGCAUUACUCAACAGUCUUCAGAGGAAGAGGCUGAGAAUAUAGUGAAUUCCGUAACAUUGGAACACUGCGCUGAAGAAAUCCUUAGUGGUAUCAAGAAAGAAGUGGAGGUACAAUAUCUAGUACCUAUGAUGGUGUCUAGCAAUGAACAUGAAUCUACCCAGUCCAAUCAACAAACACAGGGGCUUCAUUAUCCUGUGAAAGAGAGUGAUUUCCUUAAUCCAGUGUCGAAGGAAGUAGUUGCCGAAGAAUGUGGACUAAUUAGCGAAGGCUAUCUAGUCACAGACUUAAAUCCCACUACUUUGGGCUUGAACAUGGUUGAACCAGAAAUCAUUACACCUGAAAAUCUCUUCGGUGAGGAGUUGAGUUUCCAAUUCUACGAAUUAUCAUCUCCAUCGCAGACCCAAUCUGCCUGACACACGGAGAAAAAUAAGUUGCGAUUAAUUGUCAUUGACGAGCUGCACGUGCAAAAUAUUCAGGGCUGCGAUCAAGUGGAAAACAAAGUAGAUAUUCACAAUGGUAUCGAUGAAAAGGAAUUUCAGGAAUCGAUGGUUGAAAGCUGAUUUUCUUUCCGAUGCAGCAAGACUCGUAUAUAAAUCAGAACGAAAAUGACUAUUGAAUUUCUUUGAAGGUUCUCGGAAACAAACGAAGCGAACAAAGCUGAACGGGAUGCAGCGUAUCAUUGCUCCACUAUUCCUGGAUAUGUGUUUUAUCGUGUCAUUUAAUACUACACAUUAGUAUAGUUUUCUUCUAGCUCUUACAGAAUAAUAUGUACCGUUUUUUUGUAUUAGCAAAAGAAAAUACGAUAUUUACUACGAGCUGUAAAUAUUAUUAUUCUUUUAAACACCAAUUACUUUGGAAGUUUUAUAUACUGAGAAGUAGGUAUUUAAUUA